AUGGGCGGGGAACCUUUUAUGAAUCCAGAGGUUGCCCAGUUUUAUAAUAAUAUUGUUAAUACGUCAAGUAAUGAGCCAUACGAAGACGUCAUUCGGUUUUUGGAGUUUGUUCGCAAUUCAGAGGUUUCGGAAGAUUGUAUUUUAAAUAUGCGCCAAGACGCAUCUUCUCUGGUAUCUGCAGAUGUCACGCAGCAAAUUAUCGAAAGGCACAUGAAAUUUCUUUUGUUGGUGCAGUUUGAAUAUACGAGAUCAUUACCAUCUCACGAUCCCGAUUCUAUUGACUCCAACUUGAGUGAAUGGGUAUGUGUUUUAUUUUUACAUAGGUACGCUAAGGCUGCUCAAAUUCUAGAACGGCUGAGUGUAUGUUCACUCACCCAGUCUAAUUGGAAAGAUUUUAUUAAAAAGGAUCUAGUUGACAGGUUGGGUUUCUUUUGUAAUCCAUCAAAUGAGUGUUUUAGAUAUGCUAGUUCUCAUGGCAAAACUCUUGCACAAAUAUAUAUGAACAUUGGACUUGAGCCUCCAUCUUGUCUACCGCAUUUAGAUGAGCCGGAUGAUGAUAGCGGCAACGAUAAUGACAGAGUCAUCGACAACCCUUCCAGUUUUUCAUUGGUAGAUCUAGAAGACCCAUUAAUUUCGGUUGAAGGUCCAAAAACGCCUACAAGAGAAAUGCUAUCCCCCAGGACUGCUAAGAUUUCAGCGAGGAAUUCUUUACCUCGAGCAUUGUUUACUGAUUCGUUUGUUCUUACGCAAAACGAAGGAUUAUCUUGGUUCUCUGCCUCACAGAUCUCCCCCGAGUAA